AUGUCUGACACAGAGCAGGAUAUAACCGUGCUCGGAAAGCGUGGUAGAAACUCGGACGAUGAUACAGGUCGUCUGCAGGAUGGUGAAGAUGGUCCCAUGCCAGCUGCCGACGCAGCCAUAAACCAAGACGACAGCGAUGAUGAUGUUGGUCCUAUGCCUCUACCUGCGAACGCAAAUGGUGGAUCCAAAAGGAAGCGCAGAGUGGUCCCUCACGAGAAACUGUACCUUGACCACCUCCCAGAUGCAGAACAGUACUACAAAAGCUACAUGCAUCGUGACUCACUGAGCUUCGUUGUUGUCACGAAGACAGACUUUAUCAUCACUACGUCGGUUGACGGACAUCUAAAAUUCUGGAAGAAGCAGGACGAGGGCAUCGAAUUUGUGAAACACUUCCGUGCACACAUGAGCCCCAUAACUGGAGUAUCAUCAAGUGCAGAUGGACAGCUUUUUGCCAGUAUCUCGGAAGAUGGGUCUGCAAAAGUGUUCGAUGUGCUCAACUUCGACAUGAUCAACAUGAUAAAGCUCGGGUUUACCCCUCAUGCGUGCUGUUGGGUACAUAGACGAGGGCAAGCACAAGGCCUGCUGGCUGUCUCGGAGCAAGGGACGGGUACCAUACGGCUUUAUGAUGGUCGCGGUAAUGAUUCCCCACUACUAACAAUCGAAAAACUCCAUCGUUUCCCUGUGCAUUUGAUGGCGUACAGCGACCGCUACGAUACUGUGAUCUCUGGUGAUGAAAACGGUUUCGUUGAGUACUGGCAACCGUUUGAGCCUUUCGAGCCACCACGAAAUAUACCUGGCAUGUGGUCAUUGAAGUCUUCGACGGACCUCUACGAGUUCAAAAAGGCAAAUCGUCAAAUCCGCAUAUUUUCCUUCCUGAAAGGCAAACUGACUCGAAAGUACGAUGAAUCGUUGACAGCAAUCCAGGAAAUGCAACAGGCCAGUACCUCAAUCCAUCGCGUAGAGGACAUGGAGUUUGGUAGGCGGCUGGCAGUGGAAAGGGAGCUUGAGAUGCCAGGUCCAGACGGACGAAUUCCUGCAAUGUCGACCAAUGUAGUGUGGGACGAAAGCGGGGCAUUUGUCUUAUAUCCGACCUUACUCGGAAUCAAAGUGGUCAACACGGUGACGAACCGUGUUGUACGGUUACAGGGAAAGGAUGAAUCAGUUCGAUGGAUGAACCUUGCAUUGUACCAGGGAGCGCCUGCAAAGAAAGGGCUAGCACCUGCGAUGACAGCGUCUGCAAAUCCCAUGCUUGCCAACAAGGGUAUUCGAGACCCGAUCCUCUUUUGCACAGGAUAUAAACGCCAGCGUUUUUAUCUUUUUACUCGAUCCGAACCAGAAGACAGCAAAAUACACGACAGAGACGUCUUUAAUGAACGGCCGACGCGUGAAGAACAGUCCAUUGCCUCUGCGACUGCCCUUACCAAAUCAGGACCAUCACCUUUGGCUUCAUCUGCAGUGAUUCACACUUCCAUGGGCGACAUACAUAUGCGCCUAUUUCCCCAACAAUCUCCAAAGGCUGUGGAGAACUUUGUGGGCCACGCACGGAGCGGUUAUUUCGAGGGUGUCAUUUUCCACCGGGUCAUUCCGAAGUUCAUGAUCCAGACUGGAGACCCAUUGGGCGAUGGCACAGGGGGGACGUCAAUUUGGGACAGGGAAUUUGAAGAUGAGUUCUCCGCAGAUUUGAAACAUGACCGCCCGUAUACCAUCAGCAUGGCAAACGCAGGUCCUAACACAAACGGCUCGCAGUUCUUCAUUACCACUACAGCCACUCCAUGGUUAGACAAGAAGCACACGAUUUUUGGUCGCGCUAUCUCUGGAUUGGAGGUCAUUCAUAAUAUCGAAAACGUGAAGACGAAUAAGAUGGACAAGCCAUUUGAAGACAUCAAGAUUGUCAAUGUUGAUGUCGAUUAA